AUGGUUCGAAUGAUUUUAGGAACGUCAGCGGUAUCGCUAGUUCUCUCGAUAGUCAAUGCCAUAUUAACAACUGCUGCGGGAUUUCUCGCAGAGGAUACGAGCGUCGCAUUUGCUCUCAAUAUACCAGAGAAAAAUACAAAUAAUGAUCUAUAUUUCAGCUUAUCAGGUCCGAGCAGUUGCUCCUGGAUAGCGGUUGGCAUGGGAUCAAACAAGAUGAAAAAUUCCCUAAUGUUUAUGAUGUAUGCCGAUUCCACCGGGAAGAAUGUAACUCUCAGUCCUCGGAUAGCGUCCGGGGAGAAUGAACCAUCGCAUACCACAGAUAUCGUGGUUGAAUCUCUUGCCGGCACGGGGAUUUCCAACGACACUUUCACGUGGAAUGGAAGAUGUCUGAACUGUACCUCAUGGAAAGGAGGAUCUUUGGGUUUGACAACUAACCCAAACGCAUCUUUCAUAUGGGCAAAUGGACCGCCCGGAACUCUGAAGUCUGAUUCAUUACAAGCCGAUGUCAAGAGACAUGAUUCUUAUGGAGUUUUUUCUAUGGAUUUGUUGAAAGCGGUGGGUAUAUCAGGUGUUCCUGCCAUUCCAACUUCGAAUUCCAAAGGCACUAUUGAAAUUUCUGAGAAAGGGGACGGCACCAUCUCAUCAGCUGCCCAUGCUGUUCUGAUGGUUCUAGUAUUUGUUGGACUUUUACCAUUGGGUAUAGUCAUUUUGCGAUUUCUGAAUAGUCCCAGGUGGCAUGCUCUCAACCAAACUAUAUCUCUCGCAAUUGCACUUAUAGGGCUUGGAUUAGGCGCGAAGCUGGGUACACUUUAUAAUCGGACGAAAGGUUUCAAAUCUGGACAUCAAAUCUUUGGCCUUGUCAUUAUCAUAGCCAUGAUCGGACAAUGGAUCCUCGGCUUUCUUCACCAUCGAAUGUACAAGGAAACCUCGGCUCCCACCAAAUUUGCCCCUAUACACGUUUGGCUAGGCCGUGUUAUUAUCCCCGCUGGAAUCAUAAACGCUUUCAUCGGUUUCCCUCUCGCACUCAACCCCAAAUUCGACUGGGCCCUUCUAGUCUGCACACUUCUCAUGAUCAUCAUCUGCGCCCCCGUUCUCUUCUGGGGCUACAAACGUCGCCAAGCGAAGAAAAUCGAAGAUAUUACUAGGGAAGUAGAAGGCUACGAAGCAGAGCCGUGGAGGAAUCCCCAGGCACAGUAUGAUAUUGGUCUUAACCAUAUGAAUAUGAACUCUAAUCUCGGGGUUCCUCCACCUUACCAUGCGGGAGGAGAACAUCAGCAGCAGACUUCUCAGCAAAGGAUACCGGGACAAUCGUCGCACAAUUUGCCGGUGCAGCAGGGGACGCAGUUUGUUUGA